GCCGGGGAGGGACGUGUCGGGCUGCCGAGUAACCUCGGUCUUUGCCCCGGGAGUGGAGUAACUGCCUUGUUCACACUUGUGCACGACAGGCGGCGAGGCGGGCCCUCGGGGAGAGCGAGCGUGGCGGCCAUGGCGUAUCAUUCGGGCUACGCAGCCCACGGCUCCAAGCACAGGGCUCGGCCAGCUCCGGACUCCCCACCCCUCUUCGAUGACACAAGCGCUGGUUACUCUGGCCAGCCAGGUGGCUACCCGGUCCCAGGAGCCGAUGUGGCCUUCAAUGUCAACCACAUGCUGGGGGACCCGGUGGCCAACGUGGCGAUGGCCUAUGGCAGCUCCAUUGCAUCUCAAGGGAAGGACUUGAUGCACAAGGAGCUUCAUCGUUUUGUGUCUGUGAACAAACUCAAGUAUUUUUUUGCCGUGGACACAGCCUAUGUGGCUAAGAAGCUAGGGCUACUGGUCUUCCCCUAUACACAUCAGAACUGGGAACUGCAGUACAGCUGUGAUGUGCCUCUGCCUCCCCGGCAAGACCUCAAUGCCCCAGACCUCUAUAUCCCCACGAUGGCUUUCAUCACGUACGUGCUACUGGCGGGGAUGGCGCUGGGCAUUCAGCAAAGGUUCUCCCCGGAGGUACUGGGCCUGUGUGCCAGCACGGCCCUGGUGUGGGUCAUGAUGGAGGUGCUGGCCCUGCUCCUGGCCUUCUACCUGGCCACCAUGCACAGCGAGCUAAGCACCUUCCACCUGUUGGCUUACAGCGGCUACAAAUACGUGGGGAUGAUCCUGAGCGUGCUGACUGGCCUGCUCUUUGGCAGCGACGGCUACUACGUGGCCCUGGCCUGGACCUCCUCUGCGCUUAUGUACUUCAUUGUGCGCUCCUUGCGGACAGCAGCCCAGAGUCCUGACAGUGUCGGGGGCCCACUACCCCGACAGCGCCUCCAGCUCUACCUGCCGCUAGGGGCAGCGGCCUUCCAGCCCCUCAUCGUGUACUGGCUCACCUUCCACCUGGUCCGGUGACUCCUGCUGCCCCGCCCCCACCCCGCCCUGCCCCCUGCUUUUGUCCACACAUUGAAAACUUGAUUUCA